ACUUGUAGACUCGGCGUUUCUUCCAUCAGAAAGAAAACAGACUAUUUCUGCAUGGCAAUGUUUUGAGCACAUACGUAGUAUACGGCAUAGUUCCCGUAUAUCGAGUUAAGGAAACAUCUUUUGAUAGUGGGCGAGGGGCAAUCUUGGAUUCGGUACACGGGCAUGGCAACAGUCGAGAAUGAUCCGAAUGCGAGCGAAGGCGGUGCCGCAGCAUUCUCGAAGGUCCACAGUCCUAUCUGGAGCGAAUAUCAACUUCGAAAGUAUCCUUUCCAGACCAGACCGAUACCCAGACUCUCUCACACGGAUCCUAGAGCGGAGAUGCUCAUAAACAACGAGGAACCAUUGGUUUUAACAGACACCAAUCUAGUGUAUCCGGCUCUGAAGUGGGACGUCGCGUACCUGCAAGAGAACAUUGGGAGCGGGGACUUCUCUGUGUACAUAGCGGAAAACCACAAAUUCCUCUACUAUGACGAGAAGAAAAUGGCCAACUUUGAGAACUUUUUACCCAAGUCUAGACGGAUAGACAUGAAAUUCUCUGAUUUUGUGGAGAAAAUGGAGAAAACGCAGGAAGAGGGAGGAGACGAGAGGGUGUACCUGCAGCAGACCCUGAACGACACUGUGGGCAGGAAGAUCGUGGUGGACUUCUUGGGUUUCAACUGGAGCUGGAUCAACAAGCAGCAGAGCAAAAGGAACUGGGGCCAGCUCACCUCCAACCUGCUCCUCAUAGGCAUGGAGGGCAAUGUAACCCCAGCCCAUUAUGACGAGCAGCAGAAUUUCUUUGCACAAAUCAAAGGUUACAAAAGGUGUAUCCUCUUCCCUCCGGACCAGUUUGAGUGUCUCUACCCCUUCCCUGUUCACCACCCCUGUGACAGACAGAGCCAGGUUGACUUUGAGAACCCUGACUAUGAGAGGUUUCCCAACUUCAAGAAUGUAGUGGGCUAUGAGACUGUUGUCGGCCCCGGAGAUGUUCUUUACAUCCCCAUGUACUGUUUGGCGUGUGUAUCAAGAAUGGUCCACCACCCACAGGACAUCCAUCCAAUUUGACACUACUGUGGGAAGCAUUGGAGUCAACAUGGGCCAGCAUCCCUGUGGAACGCUUUCGACACCUUGUAGAGUCCAUGCCCGACCGAAUUGAAGCUAUUCUGAGGGCUAAAGGGGUGGUAGCAACUCAAUAUUAGGAAUGUGUCCUUAAUGUUUUCUACACUCAGUGUAUAUGUAGAUAGUUUUAGAGCCCAAUUUUAUUUAUUUUUAAUAUGAGGGAUAAUAGUUGCACAGCUAUCUUCCGGUCUCUCCAGAGAUGUUCAAGUCCAGGCUCUGGCUGGGCUACUCAAGCACAUUGAGAAACUUGUCCCGAAGCCACGCCUGCAUUGUCUUGGCUGUGUGCUUUGGGUCACAUUGAGAAACUUGUCCCGAAGCCACUCCUGCAUUGUCUUGGCUGUGUGCUUUGGGUCACAUUGAGAAACUUGUCCCGAAGCCACUCCUGCAUUGUCUUGGCUGUGUGCUUUGGGUCGUUGUCCUGUUGGAAGGUGAACCUUCGCCGCAAUCUGAGGUCCUGAGCACUCUGGAGCAGGUUUUCAUCAAGGAUCUCUCUGUACUUUUCUCUGUUAAUCUUUCCUUCGAUCCUGACUAGUCUCCCAGUCCCUGCCGCUAAAAAACAUCCCCACAGCAUGAUGCUGCCACCAUGCUUCACCGUAGGGUUGGUACCAGGUUUCUUCUAGACGUGACGCUUAGCAUUCAGGCCAAAUAGUUCAAUCUUGGUUUCAUCGGACCAGAGAAUCUUGUUUCUCAUGGUCCGAAAGUCCUUCAGAUGCCUUUUGGCAAACUCCAAGCGGGAUGUCAUGUGCCUUUUACUGAGGAGAUGAUCCGUCUGGCCACUCUACCUUAAAGGCCUGAUUGGUGGAGUGAUGCAGAGGUGGUUGUCCUUCUGGAAGGUUCUCCCAUCUCCACAGAGGAACUCCGGAGCUUUGUCAGAUUGGUUAGUUUAGCCGGGCAGCCAUCUCUAGGAAGAGUCUUGGUGGUUCCAAACUUCUUCCAUUUAAGAAUGAUGGAGGCCACUAUCAUGGAUGCAAACUAGUCACCUUUCUGCGAAAGUCGCCGUUUUAUGUCCAAGAUAAGUGACUUAUGUCAUUUGUGUAGAUCCGAUGAGUUUGAGAGGGAGGGGGGGCUUAGGAUCAGACUACUGGCUAUAAGUGAAUGAGUGAUGUGCAUUUGGAGCAAUACUGGCUGUAUCCAAGGCUCAGCCAAUAGUUCACAUAACAGCAGAAUGCAGCAUGCGACUGAAGAGAGAAGUUUGAGAUGAGGGAGAAAGUGUGGUGGAACAAGUAUUGUUAGCGUUAAGUAACGUUAUCUUGCUAGCUGGAUCGAAUUCUCUGUUAGCUAGCUAUAACUUAACUGAUCAAGUUGGGCGGCAGGGUAGCCUAGUUGUUAGAGUGUUGGGCUAGUAACCGAAAGGUUGCAAGUUCGAAUCCCCGAGCUGACAAAGUACAAAUCUGUUGUUCUGCCCCUGAACAAGGCAGUUAACCCACUGUUCCUACGCCGUCAUUGAAAAUAAGAAUUUGUUCUUAACUGACUUGCCUAGUUAAAUAAAGGUUAAAUAUAUAUAUAUAUUUAAAGAGUUUAUGGUGUGAAAAUUAGCUGGUUAAUAAUGUCAGACAGCUAACUUUUGCUAGUUAACGUUACAACAUCAGAUGAGCUAACAUUUAACCUAACCAAUUCACUAUAGUAUUAACUGGUGUAACGUUACGACUCUUUGCCAUUCCUCAAGUUAUAGUGCAUUAGUUGCUUACUGGACGCUGGCAAUCUGUGAAAUGUUGACGAGUUAACUAGCUAUUAUCUGUGAACUAAUUUUUUCCAUCUACAAUAUGUGGAUGAUUUUCAGAAUGAGAGAAUUAGGUGAAAAUGAGGCGUUGCUUGUUAAAACAAGUGGAUUCAGGGAUCAAGUGUAGCUGCCACUAUAGAGGUGGGUACAAACGCUCUCACUUUUUCAAUAAAGUGGAUAAAAAGGGGUAUGCCAGGUGUACUCUGCCCAAAAGAGAUCAAUUAUGCCAACAAAGGGUCUCAUGCUCUGCUGCUGGCACAUUGUAGAACAGAGAACUGGAAGGGAAGGCGACCAAAGGAAGUGUUGGCUUUGAGGAUGAACAGUGAAAUAUACCUGCUGUAUCGUGCUAUAGAUGACCUGGAGUCAGUGGGUUAGGCGACAGCUAUGUAGCAAGGGCCAGCCAACGAGAGCAUACAGGUCGCAGUGGUAGGUAGUAUAUGGGGCUUUGGUGACAGAAACGGACGGCACUGUGAUAGACUAUAUCAAGUUUGCUGAGUAGAGUGUUGGUGGUUAUUUUGUAAAUGACAUCGCCAAAGUCAAGGAUCGGUAGGAUAGUCAAUUUUACGAGGGUAUGUUUGGCAGCAUGAGUGAAGGAGGGUUUAUUGCGAAAUAGGAAGGUGAUUCUAGAUUUACUUUUGGAUUGGAGAUGCUUAAUGUGAGUCUGGAAGGAGAGUUUACAGUUUAACCAGACACCUAGGUAUUUGUAGUUGUCCACAUAUUCUAAGUCAGAACCGUCCAGAGUAGUGAUGCCUGUCGGGCAGGUGCGGGCAGCGAUUUGUUGAAGUGCAUGCAUUUAGUUUUACUAGCAUUUAAAAGCAGUUGGUGGCCACGGAAGGAUUGUUGUAUGACAUUGAAGCUCGUAUGGAGGUUAGUUAACACAGUGUCCAAAGAAGGGCCAGAGGCAUACAGAAUGGUGUUGUCUGCGUAGAGGUGGAUAAGAGAAUCACUAGCAGCAAGAGUGAAAUCAUUGACAUGUACAGAGAAAAGAGUCGGCCUGAGAAUUGAGUCCUGUGGCACCCCCAUAGACUGCCAGAGGUCCGGACAACAGGCCCUCCGAUUUGACACACUGAACUCCAUCUGAGAAGUAGUUGGUGAACCAGGCGAGGCAUUCAUUUGAGAAAACAAGGCUAUUGAGUCUGCCGAUAAGAAUGCUGUGAUUGACUGAGUCGAAAGCCUUGGCCAGGUCAAUGAAGAUGGCUGCACAGUACUGUCUUUUAUCGAUGGCGGUUAUGAUAUCGUUUAGGACCUUGAGUGUGACUGAGGUGCAUCCAUGACCAGCUUGGAAACCAGAUGGCAUUAUGGAGAAGGCACGGUGGAAUUCGAAAUGGUUGGUGAUCUGUUCUGAUAUUGCUUUUGUUGUGUUGAACUUGACGGUACCACUUGUGAAUGAGUGGGGGAUUAUUACAUGUUUUACUUGGUGAAUGUUAUUUUGUAGCCUUGUGCACUUGAUCAAUGAAAACUAUUGUGGCCACUAUAAUAGUGCAAAAAUGUUUCUAUUUAUACUUUAAGAAGUUUUUUCCCAAGUGCAAUAAUUACAUGUGUGUGGUCACAAGCAUUCUAUUAUAAAGGCUGUCAUGGCUAACUGCAA